CCCGGCAUGCUGUGCGCGGGCGCUGCCCGUGGGCCGGCGGGGCCCGGGCAUGGAGGCGGCGGGCGGUGGGCCCAGGUCGGCGGCGCCGGGCCCAGACAGGUGCCUGGGGACAGAGUGGGUCUUGCUGUGGAGCAGACUGGCUGCCUUCCCUGUGGGUUCCCUGCCCAAGAGCUGCCUCCAUUGUAGGCGUGGUGUGGCAGGGAUGAGGAGCAGGCAGCGGAUGUUUGCUGCGGUGAUGCGCCUGCUCCUCAAGUGCCUGCGGCUGGGCCGGCGGCGGCGAUUCAAGCUGGUGCGGCAGGUGGAGCAGCUCUGGUACUACGGGCACCUCUGCCUCCGCUCCCUGCUCUACAACUCCUUUACCAACGGCGACGUGGUGCUUGAUUCCCUCUUCGAGCCUGUCUACUGGCUGGUGGACCAUGUCACCCGGUGGUUUGGUGUGGUGUUUGUGGCACUGGUAAUUGGGCUGACGAGCUCUAUUGUGGCCAUCGUGUAYAUCUGCCUGCUGCCCCUCAUCCUGCAGACCUACACACCUGCCUGGAUAUGCUGGCACCUCGCCUAUGGACACUGGAACCUCAUCAUGAUCGUCUUCCACUACUACAUGGCCAUCACCACCUCGCCUGGGCACCCACCACAGGCCAAGAACGACCUCACUGGYGUGUCCAUCUGCAGGAAAUGCAUUGCCCCCAAGCCGGCUCGCACCCACCACUGUAGCAUCUGCAACAGGUGCGUGCUGAAGAUGGACCACCACUGCCCCUGGCUAAACAACUGUGUGGGACAUUACAACCACCGCUACUUCUUCUCCUUCUGCCUCUUCAUGACCAUGGGCUGCAUCUACUGCAGCAUCAGUGGCUGGGAAAUGUUCCGGGAUGCCUACACAGCCAUCGAGAGAAUGAAACAGCUUGAGAAGGAGAGGCUGCAGGUGGCUGCCAACCAGACAUAYUACCAGACGCCACCACCCACCUUCUCCUUCCGCCAGCGAGCUUUCCACAAGAGCGUGGUCUACCUUUGGGUCCUCUGCAGCUCAGUUGCACUGGCCCUGGGUGCCCUCACACUGUGGCAUGCUGCGCUCAUCACCCGUGGSGAAACGAGCAUUGAGCGUCACAUCAACAGAAAGGAGAGGCAGAGACUGCAGAAGAAAGGCAAGGUGAGCACAGCCUGCAGUAUGGGGGCUGGCUGGGGCAGAGCCACAUGUGAUGUGCCUUUCCCUGUCCUGCAGGUCUUCAGGAACCCCUACAGUUAUGGCAGCUGGGAUAACUGGAAGGUGUUCCUGGGUGUGGAUAUGCCAAGGCACUGGCUCACCCGUGUCCUGCUGCCCUCUCCUCACUUGCCCCAUGGGACAGGCCUGAGCUGGGACCUGCCUCCCUGCGUGAUGGAGCAACGUGCACCACUCCUGGCAAUCUGAGGUCCUGGGCUCUGGACAUCCCUCCCUGCAGGCAAGAGUGCUGGACCCACUCCUCCGCUGCAGCUCCCUUUGGCCAAAGUGCCUGGCAGAAGGUUGGUGCUGGCACACAUCGCUCACUGGAGCCAGAGCCAUGGGAAACUCUGUGGACAGUGUUGGUGCCAGGAUGCUGCUCUCUCGGUUCUUGGUGGCUGCAGGCAGCCCAGGGGCAAGGUGGCAGAGCUGCUGCUCCCUGCUCCAGCUGAAGGUGCUGCUCUCCUUAGCACAGGUACAGGCCACCAUUGGCCCAGCUCAGCUUUCUGAAGGGCUGGGCGCAGAGGAUGGCACCCCCAUCCCCCUAAGUGCUCCCCGGGGAGUCUUUUUAAGACCAUCCACUAAAUAAUUUUUUUUCUAA